CGUUUUAAGCAAGCGACCAAUCAUCUCUCAGACACUCGUCUUGCUUGUUUAUUGUCCGUUUCCUUGUUUUGCACCAGUCUUGAAGAGAUUGCUGCUCUGCUCAGGACUCCGUGGGGUUUGUCAGCGGCCACACAGGAGAAUAUGCACACAGACGGAGUCCUCACAAGGGGAACCUUUGGAGGGCCCGCUUCAGGAAACUUCACCACUCUGUGUCCUAAUGGGUCCAAAUGGGUUUGGGAAGGGCUCGGGGAAUGCGCCCAGGACGGGAGGGACAUGGCCAGCAUCUACAUCGGCCUCCUGUCCAUCCUCUGUUUCAUGGUGUCCUCACUUCCACAGUACUACAGCUCCUGCAUAAAGGGGAACAUGGACCAGGCUCUCUCUAUUUGGUUUCUGCUGCUGUGGUUGGGCGGGGACUCCUGCAAUUUGAUCGGCUCCUUUUUGGCAGACCAGCUUCCACUCCAGACAUAUACCGCCAUUUAUUAUGUUUUUGCCGACCUGUUGAUGCUGGCCAUGUACACGUACUACAAGCUCAAGAACAGAAUGGCUGAAAGCAGAAGGGUCCUGCACGUGGUGGGCAUCUCCUGCGUUUUGGGCCUCACCGCCGGCCUGGCCCACCUCCCGGGGCCAGGACCCCAGGGGGUCUCCUCGGCCUUCAGAAGUCGUUCCUUGCUCUCGACCGUCGAUGUCAGCGCCGUCAAGGCUUUUACCCCGAAAGAGAUCAUUGGUUUCUCCAUCGGAUCGGUGUCCUCGGUCCUCUACCUCUGCUCCAGGCUUCCUCAGAUGUACACCAACUACAAGAGGAAGUCCACAGAGGGAGUUUCUUACUUCCUAUUUGCACUCGUCAUCCUGGGAAACACUACAUACGGGCUGAGCGUCCUCCUGAAGAACCCUGACCUGGGCCAGGGGGAGAAGAGCUACCUGGUUCAUCACCUGCCGUGGCUCAUCGGCAGCCUGGGGACCCUCUCCCUGGACCUCAUGAUCUCAAUACAGUUCUUAAUUUACCGCAAGGCCGCGGUCCAGGGCGCCGGCGGCGGGGGCGAGGAGACGGCGCCUCUGAUGGGGAGCUAAUGAAGCCGGCGGGACACGAAUCUGCUGGUGGGACUCGAGUCCAAAGUGGCCCUCCAGUCCGCGCCGCGUUCACCCGGGGUGGCAAACCAGAAACCUGUAAUCUUUACUGAUUUUAUAGUUUUAUUUAUUUAUGCCUUCACCUUUUAGAAAAGAAAAAAAAACAACGUUUACAGUGGGUUUAUUUCUGCAAACGGCGGGCACUGAGGAGGUGCUUCCUUUGACCUCAGCAGAUUUUCUGGGUUUUAACGGGAUGGCCGGGGUCCUCGGGCACCGGUCAUAGCCCGAUCGGUUUCACAGAUGCCUGAAAUGACACCACAGAGAGGCUCCUAUAACCUGAUAAUGGUGCUGCUAAGUGUCCAAACACGCACUGCAUCUCAUUUAGUGUUUCAGAGCUCCUUCAGAAGCUUGAAUAUUUCGUUUUCUGGGCUCUUCGCCACAUAAGUGCAGUGAUGUGUUUGUAUUCAAUCCGUUUUAAUUGACGGUUGCACCAAGUGCCAAAAUAGAAUUAACAAAACAAAUGUGUUGAGAAAUUACUUUAUAUGCAAAUGAAGUUCACUUUUGAUUUAAUUAUCUGUUUUAUAUUUCUUUCUUUUUUAUUUUAUUUUAGAACACAAAUGCAUGACCAGUUUUGAUUGCACUGGUGGUAAAUGUUACUUUGAUUUUUUUUUUGCCCUUCUCUGUUUUGUUGACUCGGUUUUGCACAUUUUUGAGACAAAAAGUUGGUUUUGUACUCUGAGAUAUGUAAAAUAAAUUCAUUUGGUCAGUGUACUGUAUAGAUUUAACAAAUGAAGAAUAGUUUUUUUCUGUCCUUUUCACUCUGUGUAAAAUCUUCAUUUUCAAAAUCGUCAUUUCUGACUGUCCCACUUCUGCUCGGUGUUUUUUCUGUGUCCUUAUUCCUAUUUUUUUGUGCAGCAUGUCUUGUUAGGACAGGAAAAACUCUGUGGGAGUGCCUCCCCUCUGACGGGUUCCUCUUUUCCCCUCCCGGUUCUCUCGGCUCAGUGGGGGUCAAGGUCUGCUCUUGGCCUUAAUGUUGACCUCUGACCCCUCGCCUUCACUGACAUCAACUCCCAGUGGCUGUGCUUGACCCGCUCCCGGGAGGCCUCCGCAAGCACGCUGUUUUUCUUCAUUAACAGAGUCACGCCGGUCUCUCCCCCUCAUCCCCUCAUUACACACUCGCCACACAACAUUUUUUUCUUUUAAAUAAUAGUGCAAUCGCACACUCCGAAAAGCGGCAGCGGCCCACCCAGCGAGGACGUGAAGCCAGAGCAGAAAUAUGGAGGGUUCAGUAAGUGUGCGUUUUGGUUGUGAAACAGUGGCAGAAAGAUUGUUAAGCGGGUUGAGGAGUCAGCAGGAAGAGCGAGUGAUAGGGCGCAUCCAUCCAUCACCAGGGAACAAGAGACUGUUUAUAAACACUAUAUGCUGGGAAUUUCUUAAUGAGAUGGUUCCAAUCCCUAUGAGUAAGGAAGGGAGGGAUGGGGGGUCCUCUGUGGUUCUGGUUGCUAGUUCAAAUCGCAGUGUUAAAGUAACCCGAUGUGUCAAAUAUAUCGAUAUUUAACAAAU